AAUGAUUCGUAAUAUUUUGAAAUUGGGAUUCUCAACAGCAACGCUAAAUGAGGAGCCAAAAAGCAGAUUCAGCUUGUUCAAACUGAUUGUUGGAGCUGCCAUUGGAGUUUACGGAUUCGAUUAGGGCAGGAAAUAUCGGGAAUAUUUCACUAACACUUUCCUUACUAAAGAAUAAAUCAAUGAAUUGGUGAUAAAAAAUAUAACCAAAUCCAAAGAUCAGCAACUAAUAGCCCAUCCGAUUAAUAGAAUUAACAAUAUCAAGAAUAAGGAAAAGGUAGUCAUUGUUGGAGGAGGUAAUAUUGAAAUUUACAAUUAGGAAUAAUUGGAAUCUCACAAGCAUUAAAAUUAUUAAGGAUGGGAUAUAAUGUGACUGUCAUUGAAUAAGCUAAUACAGUUGCAUCAGAGUGCAGUGCCUUCAAUGGAAAUGUGUUUAAUCCCAUGUACUUUUUACCAUUAGUCACGAGAGUAAACACAAAUCUAAUUAAACAUUAGGAUAAUUUAAUCUAUAUGAUCAAAAACAUAUUUGAGAAACCAGAGUUAACUACAGUCAGAUUCAACAUGAAUGCUUUCUUAGAAACUAAUUUUAUUUAGUGGGGAAUUAAUAGUUUACUAUUGAGUAUGACAGAGUAUUCACAUCAAAUAUACAAUUAGCCAUGCUUAAAUUGAGAAUUCUAGAAAACAAUUGAAAAUUGGAUCCUUGACUUUGCAGGACAUUGAAAAGCUAAGACCCUCAGGAUUAUUUAAAGGCCAUUUAGUGGCAAAGGGAUAAUUAGGGUUUUUUGCCUCGGAUUAAAAAGUUGAAGCCUAUAGAGAUAGGUUGGUGUUGUUGGGAAUUCCUCAUAUCAAAGUGGAUUCCUUUGAUCAAAUCGAGAAAUUCACGAGGUCAGAUCUAAAAACUGAAGAAAAUCUGAAACUCUUCAAUAGAUUUAAAAAAGCAUUGAUUUUAGUUACUGAAUCCAAUUUGGAAACCAGAGAAUUAACAUAAACAAUGCUCAAGUAUUGUUAAGAGAACUUUCCAAAUCAAUUCGCAAUUGCAUUUUAGACUUCUGCUUAAAAUUUUGUAUUAGAUGGAGACAAAAAUGUUAAAGGAAUUCAAACUAAUAAAGGGUAUAUAUGCAUAGAAUAAUUAUUGUAGUAUCGUAUUGGGAGAUAGUUUUGUUAUAUGUUUAGCACACAAAAGCAAAUAACUAGCACAUAAAUUAAAAUUAAAUCUACCUAUUGUACCUGCAAAAGGUUGGGCCAUGGGUAGAACUGCCCCUUAAAAUUUCAAUUAGACUUUAGUUAAGGAAUUCACUUUGAAUACUCCCAACUAUUUUGCUACAAAUCUAAAUGGGCAUUUAAGAUUGGCAGGCUGUGCAGAGGUUUGCAAUGAUACUCCAUCGACUGAUGCAAGUAGUGAAUGGGGAGCUAUUUAAAUAUUAAAUAGGUUCAAUGAGCAAAAUGGAUUUGACUUUAAAAUGAGUGAUUUUACUGUUAGAAGUUGUUUCAGACCACUAACACCAGAUGAUGUUGCAAUAAUUAGUGAAGUCCCAGGGUUCAAAAAUGUAUUCAUAAAUGCUGGUCAUGGGUCAAGAGGUAUGAGUUACUGCUUUGGGGCAGCAGAUAUCAUGAGCUAGGUUAUGGAAGGAUCCAAAGAAUUUGAAGAUUACAGUGUGAAGAGGUAUUAUUUUAUAUGAUUUAUUAAUAAAUAUU